UUUACAGAUUGUCCAAGAAUGUAAGAGCAACCUUUCUUGCAGUUCUUGAGUGUAUGCAAUUUUCAACAUUAGUGAUGCAUCUUAAAAAAACAUACAGAUUUUUGCAAGCGCAGUCUUCACUAUAUUACCCAUUGUCGUCAUUAAGCACGUCUCAAGUAUAUUGCAUUGCAUUCUGUAAAAUGUAAACUUGAAAAACUAAACGAUGCAAUUAUUGCAUAUGUGACGCUAGCUCCGCGCAAACACACAACACACUAGCGAUACGCUUCCCCGUCAUAGUUGCAGGCAUGUCGUGACAUGAAAGGUAGGGCAGACUAAUUCACCACCCUCAAGCACGGGGUCAGACGUACGGCAGCAACUCCCGCAGCCCAGAAUCACAAAUGCCCUUUCCUCGGAAACUCCUGCAGAAAAUAAAGGUGAAUAAAAUGGAUGAAUCCACAAGCGAUAUGGACAAACAAGAGAGUCCUUUGAGUGAGACAGAAAAGGCAGGCACAAACGAGGAGCACAGGAGCAUCUCCAGUGAACCGAAUCAUCAGGAUGUCUCCAGGCUACAGCAGAAGGGGCAGGUGAGCGGGCAGGUGGGGGAUCUGACCCAGGAGGACCAGCAGCUCAGCCGCAUCAGGCAGGAGGACCAGGGGACCCUGCUGGACACAGCCAGCCCCAGGGCAGGGGAGGCUGAGGAGCGGGUUCUGGCCCGGCACAGACUGGACCAGCUGCAGACCAAGCCGCGCCGGAGAGUGGACCAGAACCAGAACCAGAACCUGCGGGGCUCUGUGCGACAGCUGCAACGUGAGAGGGACGCUCUGGCCAAUCAGCUGGGGAAGCUGCAGCUGCCAGGUGCAGAGAGGGAGCGUGUGCGCAGGUGUGAGGGGGGCGGGGCCAGGGGCCGCGGAGCACGGCUGGACUCCUUCGUGCGGAGCGUGGAAGAGGACCGCGACUUCUACAAACGGGAAGCGGAGAGACUGCAGAGCAUGCUCAGGCCGAGCCGCUCCACCAACGGGCCCCGGGGGCCCCCCAGGCCCCCCCCCGCAAAGUCUGCCCCCGUUCAGGGGGCGGCCUAUGACUCGGAGCUGAUGCGUCUCCUGAGGGAGAGGGAAGACCUGCAGGCCCUGCUGGACAAGUAUGAGCGCCACCUGUCUGAAAUCCAGGGCAACGUCAAAGUCCUGUCCGCCGACCGGGACAAGACCAGCCUGCAGUACCAGAAGGCGCAGGAGGAGAUCGCGCACCUGCGGCGGGAGGUGAUGAAGUCCAAGUCGCCGCGCACGCAGAAGAGCACGCUGACGGCGCAGAGCAUCCUGAAGCGCGUGGAGUCUGAGCGCGAGGAGGCCUCCACCGACCUCAAGCGCAUGACCACCGAGAGGGACAGCCUGAGGGAGAGGCUGAAGAUCUCCCAGGAGACGGCCAUCAGCGAGAGGGCUCACCUGGAGCAGCGAGUGGAGGAUCUGCAGACCGCCAUUUACACGCUGGAGCAGGAGCAGAGGGACCUGAAGACCAAGCAGGCUCUGAUGAAGGACACCAUGAUCGACCUGGAGGAGGAGGUGUCCAGCCGGGGCCACAAGCUCGCCGCGACCGAGGGAGACCUGAACCGCAGCAGGAAGGAGUGCAGCGUGCUGAGGUUGUCCGGUAACCAGUUGGAGACAGCCUUGAGUGACAGUCAGCUCAGACUGACUGCCAGGUUUGGAGAGCUGCAGACUGCCCAGGACAAGAACAAACAACUAGAGGAGAGGAACGACACACUGCUGCGGCAGGUCAGCGGUCUCCGUGAUGAGGUGGGCGGUCUGCAGUCGGCCAUGUCUGAGCUGGACCAGCGUAAGAGCAGCCUGCAGGGGGCGCUGGAGCGGGAGUCUGACCUGCUGGCCUCCGCCACGACCCAGCUGGACGAGAAGGACAGACUGAUCCGCGGGUUAAAGGUCAGGGUGGAUGAGCUGCAAGCAUCCGCAGAGGGUCUGCGGGAGCAGGUCUGCGGGCGGGAGCAGGACGCCGCGGUGCUGCGCAGGAAGCUGGCAGACGCAGAGGAGGAGCUGGGAACGCUGGCCAGGAUGAAGGACGGAGCGCUCCGGGAAAACUCCCUGCUGCGGGAAGACCUGGACAAGGCCCGACUCGACCAGCAGGCCCUGCAGCUGAGGCUGGAAGAGUCCAGUCAGGAGGGGGGGCGUCUGCAGCGCACGCUGGCGGACUGUAACAGUGACGUGUCGCGCCUGGAGGUCCUGCUCACCUGCAAGGAGAAGGAGUGUGUGGAGCUGCAGGAGGCGCAGCGGCGGGCGGAGGAGGAGGCGGGGAGCUGGGAGGAGCGGGCGCGGCAGACUGAGGGAGCGCUCAGCAGCCUGCGUGUGGAGCUCACCGACAGCGAGAGCGAGAGACGCCGUCUGAAGGACGCCCUGGAGAACCAGGAGCUCAAGCUGCAGGAGACUCUGGUGUCGGAGCGCAGCUGUAACGGUCAGAUCGCCCAGCUGAACCGCAGUCUGCUCCUGGCGGAGGACGACCUGCGUCUGGCCCAAUCAGAACGCUCCUCCACCAUGAGCGACCUGGAGAAGACGCGUGAGCUCUGCGUCAAACUGGACUCCAGCAAGGAGGUGGUGUUGCGGGAGCUGGAUGUGUGUCGCUCAGAGGUGGAGUUGCUGCGGAAGCAGUUGGCCAGUGAGAGGCUCUCCAUGAAGAGCCUGGAGUCCAUGCUGCAGACCACGCGGGAGAAGAGCUGCACUGCGCCCUCACUCCCAGAGCAGCACCACAUCCAGCUGCUCCGGAACACAGCACCACAACGACUGUUCUUUGAGUUGGCCGUCUGGCCAACUGAGAGCACCCAGGGCAGGGAGCUGAUCCAGCUCCGUAUACGCUCAGAGCAGCUGGAGAGCAGCCUGGACGUCACCCAGAGACAGCUGAGCUCCGAGCGCUUCGAGAGGGAGCGUGCGGUGCAGGAGUUGCGUCUGCAGGGUCUCUCCCCCUCCCUGCGCUCCAGCUCCCCCACACGCCGGCCCCUCAGCCCCCGCCACUCCUGGUCCCCGGAGCGCACCUUCCAGAGCUCCCCGGAGCGCCUGGCCGCCGAAAACCCCCUGGACCGGAGUUUGGUGUUCAGAGACCCGUACAUCUAAAGCUCUUCAGCACCUGCACUGUGGAUCAGUAUGACUUCACUCCGAAGACCCUUCCGUUCAUCCACCAACAGACAUCGUAUCGGGAGAGAUGCUGACUGAAGGCUGUGCAGUGUUUUUUUCAAUGUGUUUUGCGGUGUGUUCAAUGUCCUGGGACACGUGUAUUCUUACCGUUUUAUAGCUCUGACAUGGUUCUCUGCUUUGGAAGACAGUAAAUGAAUCGAUCUGUCAGUCACA